AUGGGGUGGGUUUCCCGCACUGGCUGCGACGUAAAGGCCGCCCAUACGACGAUUAGCACAGCCUAUAUUAAGAAUACCAUCUAUGAUGUAUGCACCCCUGGAAACCCCCGAGAAAUCAGCGACGAGGAGUAUUCGGCGGCCCUCAAUGAGGCAUUCUUUUCGGAAACGAAGGAGGGUUCCCCGGACUCUACCUCUCCAUCAACUAAAUACUCGUCGUUGGAGGAUAUGAAUGAAAUACCUAAAGGUGUAGUGCAUCUAAGCGAUAAAGAGAAAGCGAAUCAAAGGGCAGCUUUCCUUUCACACCUGCAUUCGAAUCCUUGUGACACUGAGUCUACUGCUGAAUUAAAGAAGCGAUCCGGGACCGACCUCAAAACUUCACCCUUAAUGGUGGAAUUGGUCCGUGCGAUCGGACAUGGACAUCAUUGGACUGAGGAAGAAGACUUCUCAACAACCGAUUAUGUUUAUUGUUUUGGUCUCAGAGUCUUUGGUUCAUACUAA